AUGGGCACGUCAAACGAAGAGAUGGUCUCAACGGAACAGAACCUGAACCCACUCUGCUUUGAAUGUGGCCAGCAGCACUGGACAAGAGAGAAUCACUUGUACAAUUAUCAGAACGAGGUGGACGAUGAUUUGGUUUGCCAUAUUUGCCUUCAGCCCUUGCUACAGCCAUUAGACACGCCUUGUGGUCACACAUUCUGCUAUAAGUGCCUACGAAACUUUUUGCAAGAGAAGGAUUUCUGUCCCUUAGAUCGCAAAAGGCUCCAUUUUAAAUUGUGCAAAAAAUCUAGCAUCCUUGUUCACAAACUGCUUGACAAGCUCUUGGUGCUGUGUCCCUUUACUUCAGUGUGCGAAGAGGUAAUGCAGAGAUGUGACCUGGAAGCACACCUGAAAAACAGGUGUGCUGGGGCUUCAAAUCGAAGGGCUGCCUUGGAAAGAAGGAUAAACAGCAAAUUGCAGGCAGCCACCGAAAGUGAAAAUGAAAACGCCAUGAUAGAUCAUCUGGACUCCCAGUCACCUGAAGCAGAGCAUGCUGGGACUGGAAUGGCGUCAAUGGAGCAGAACAUGACAUCAGCGACAGUUUCGGUGUGGACAGAUGAGUCUGGGCUUGAUAACCCUGCUUUUGAGGAGAACAUAGGAACUGAGACAAUCCAUCAGCCAUCAAGUUUACCGGAAGGUGAGAUCACCACCAUUGAAAUUCAUCGGUCCAAUCCUUACAUUGAAUUAGGAAUUAGCAUAGUGGGUGGCAAUGAAACACCUUUGAUCAACAUUGUUAUUCAAGAGGUUUAUCGUGACGGGAUCAUUGCCAGAGAUGGAAGGCUCCUUGCUGGAGAUCAAAUACUGCAGGUGAAUAACUUUGACAUCAGCAACGUGUCUCACAACCAUGCCAGGGCCAUCCUUUCCCAGCCCUGUACAUCGCUGCAUCUCACAGUCCUCCGAGAGAGACGAUUUGUAAGCCGAACUCACAAUCACAGUGAUAGCCCUCCCCAGCGAGACGAUAGCUUCCAUCUGACCUUGCACAAGCGAGACUCCAGUGAACAGCUUGGCAUUAAGCUGGUGCGCAGGACCGAUGAGCCAGGAGUAUUUAUUCUUGACCUCCUGGAAGGGGGGUUGGCUGCUCAGGAUGGCCGACUCUGUAGCAAUGACAAGGUGUUGGCUAUCAAUGGGCAUGACCUGAAGCAUGGCACACCUGAACUGGCUGCUCAUAUUAUCCAGGCCAGUGGCGAAAGGGUGAACCUAACCAUUUCAAGGCCUACAAAGUCCCAAAUUGUAAGCAUUCUCAGAGAUGGGGGAACACAUCUCACCAGCCAUCAUCAAUCCUAUCAACUGUAUCACAGCAACAGGCCAAGCCCACAUAAAGACCUCUCACAAUGUGUGACUUGUCAAGAGAAGCACAUCACAGUGAAGAAGGAGCCCCACGAGUCCCUUGGCAUGACAGUAGCAGGAGGUCGAGGCAGCAAAAGUGGGGAAUUGCCAAUAUUUGUUACAAGUGUACAACCUCACGGCUGUCUUGCAAGCGACAGGAAUUCUGGUGAUGUGUUGAUGAAUAUUAAUGGCAUUGAUCUGACCAAUCUGAGUCACAGUGAGGCUGUGGCUAUGCUCAAAGCCAGCGCUGCUUCCUCGGUCGUUGCUCUGAAGGCGCUAGAGGUCCAGAUUGCAGAAGAACAGCCCCAGGCAAAUGAUGAGCAGCCGAGCACCAUCAGUGAGAAUGAAUAUGAUGCUAGCUGGUCGCCAUCUUGGGUCAUGUGGUUAGGACUUCCAAGCUGCCUACAUAGUUACCAUGAUGUUGUAUUAAGAAGGAGCAAUCUAGCCAGCUGGGGAUUUAGCAUUGUUGGUGGCUACGAGGAAAAUCACACAAACCAGCCUUUCUUCAUUAAAACAAUUGUUCUAGGAACACCAGCAUAUUUUGAUGGAAGACUCAAAUGUGGUGAUAUGAUUGUUGCUGUCAAUGGACUUUCAACCAUGGGUAUGAGCCAUUCAGCGCUGGUUCCUAUGUUGAAGGAACAAAGAAAUAAAGUAACAUUGACUGUUAUCUGCUGGCCAGGAAGUCUUGUAUAAUAUGCAAAGAACAUAUACAUUGGUUGAAGCAGCUUUUUUU